AGGAGAAGGAAGCAGGCAGGCAGGCAGGCAGGCAGGCGGGGGGAAAAGAAGAGAUCUGUCAUGGCGCGGGUGUCUGUCCUGGGAGUUUCGUUGCUGGAGAACCCGAGCCCCUUCGGCCACCCGCUCCGCUUCCAGGUGCAAUUCGAGUGCGGGGAGGCGUUGCCUCACGAUUUGGAGUGGAAGAUCAUCUAUGUGGGCUCUGCAGAGAGUGAGGAAUAUGACCAAGUUCUUGACUCAGUGCUGGUGGGACCUGUUCCAGCUGGGAGGCAUAUGUUUGUGUUUGAAGCCAAUGCCCCCAACCCUGAUCUAAUCCCUGAAAGUGAUGCUGUGGGAGUUACAGUAAUACUUAUCACUUGUACCUAUCUGGGCCAAGAAUUCAUCCGCAUUGGAUACUAUGUCAACAAUGAAUAUAUGGAUCCUGAGUUAAGGGAGAACCCACCCGUCAAGCCAGACUUCUCCCAGCUGCAGAGGAAUAUCCUGGCAUCGAACCCCAGAGUCACCCGUUUCCACAUCAAUUGGGAUGGUCCUAGAGACCAGAUGGACAAUAUUGAAAAUGUAGACCCAGAACCUGAUAGCUUCCUGCCUCCUAGCUGUGCCUACAUCAAAGGGUUGGUCCAUUCCAUGGGUCUGCAACCAGAGAAUUCCAUGGACUGUAUGUGAUCCAAACACAAUAAUGUUGAGGACCCUGCGUAGUGAAGAGCAGCUGACAAGUUUUUGUGGGAGAUGUAGGAGGGAUUUGGGAUAAUGAAGCAACUCAUAUGUCUAUGGAGAUUGACAAUUGAGAGUCCUUUUUGUGUUGGGGUUUGUAACAGAUCUACAGGUCUGUUCUGUCAUAGUAUUUCUUCAUUGAUACUUGGAUCCUCCUGCCACCGACCCUUGACAGGCACCUAGUCUAGCUGCAUAAACAAGAACCCUGUGUUUCCCUCCUUUGUUCCAGGUCUCCAGAAGGCUGAGCAAUGGGAGCUUCCUUGUUAUUUUGUGCACCCAUUUCCUGGGAAUCUAGCAUAUGGGUGCCUUCUUUUCAGGACAGUUUUCUGUUUCAACACAGCUAAGUCUUGAUGAGUUGCUGCUGGCAGAAUAGCUAGCAAUUGCAGACAGGUCUUGAUGCCUCUCAGGAGUUGAUAAGCCUGUCCCAAUUUUACAAUCUAUGCUUAGUAAAAGGUGAUGGAUGAUGAGAUUUAAGCUGUACAAUUUACCUAUUUGCACAAGGGUCCCAGCACUGCUUUUGAGAGCUCCCUCUUUUAGCUUGCACCAGUUGGCCUUCUAUCUACCACUGACCCAAAAUCUGCCCAAGGCCACAGUGAGCAGGAAUUGCAUCAACUCCUUUAGGCAGUGGCUAAGUUUACAAAUCCCUCCACAGAGGAAACAUGCCUUUCUUCAAAAGGCCUGCACUUCUUCUUUUUCUGACCUGCCUCCAGUCCCACACCCUCCUUUUCUGUUAUUACCUGCCCUGAUACUUGAUCUCUCUAUUUCUCUCCCUGGUAUUUUAGAGAUGAACACAGCAUAUAGGUGUUUAAAACAUUUUUGCAUUGUAUGUCUGACCAAUAAAACUUUUUGGAAUAAACUA